GGCAUUGUUCCUUGACACCCAACACUCUUUCAUUAUGUUACUAUCUUUCUCAUUUCCCUUCUCUCUCAAUCUUCCUUUAUUCAGAUUCUAGUCAUCAAUUCCUUCAAUAACCUCCUUCAAACUUUAAUCAUAAAUCUUGAAAAUAGGUACUUUUUCUCUUUUAAACACUGUUAUAUUUUUUUAUUAGCAAGUAUUCUCAAUAUGUAUAUGUGUAUAAGGAAUGAGUUAGAGAUUCCAAAUGGAUAAAGCGAUUUCCAUCACUUUUGAAUUUUCAAUUUCCUAUUAGCUUGCUUGUGUGUGUGUGCUAACUACACAUGAUGGUGAGGUUCAACUUGGUCAUGAUUUGCUUUUCUGCCAUGUUAUAUGCUGUUACUGCAUUGAACACUGAUGGGGUGACUCUUCUGUCACUCCAGAAGCAUUGGACAUUUGUUCCUCCUUCCAUAAACUUGAGUUGGAAUGCUUCUGAUUCCACUCCAUGCUCUUGGUUAGGAGUCCAGUGUGACAAUAACCACAGUACAAUCUAUCUUAACCUCUCUGGAAACUCAAUUUCAGGUCUUUUGGGACCUGAAAUAGGACACUUGAGUCACUUGCAAACACUUGACUUGUCCUCAAACAACUUCUCAGGGAACAUACCUCCUGAGUUAGGAAAUUGUAGUCUGCUUCAGAACCUGGACCUUUCUUAUAACAGUAUCACAGGAAACAUACCUGAUAGUUUGAGAAACUUGCAGAAUUUAGUCUCUUUCAGUAGUAUGUACAAUGGGAUAACUGGUCAAAUUCCUGAGUUCUUGUUUCAACUUGAACACUUGGAAGAUCUUCUCCUGAACCAAAACUCUUUGUCUGGUUCCAUUCCAAUGAAUGUUGGGAACGGUACAGAAAUUGUGACACUGUAUCUGGAUCGUAAUCAGUUGUCAGGAAUGAUUCCACCGUCCAUUGGAAACUGCAGUAAAUUAGUGGAACUAUAUUUGGACUAUAACCAGUUGCAUGGAGUUCUACCUGAUAGUAUUAACAAUCUUCAAAGUGUUGUUAAGUUGAGUUUCAGUAAUAAUAGACUUGAGGGAACCAUUCCCUUAUUGGGAUCUAGCACAUGUAAAACUUUACAAUAUUUGGACCUGUCAGUGAACAAAUUUAGUGGAGGCAUACCUUCAACCUUGGGGAAUUGCAGUGGAUUGACAGAAAUUUAUGCUUUAAACACAAGUUUAGGAGGAAGCAUUCCAUCCUCCUUAGGCCAAUUAACACAACUUUCUGUUCUUCGCCUUGAAACCAAUCAUUUGUCUGGUCAAAUACCUUCAGAAAUUGGUAAUUGUAGGUCAUUAAAAUACUUGAUGUUGAAUAACAAUGAACUUGAGGGAGAAAUUCCAAGUGAAUUAGGAAAGCUAAGUCAGUUGCAAGAUCUUAGACUUCAUUUCAACAAUUUGACAGGUGGAAUUCCAGUGAGCAUUUGGAAAAUUUCCAGCCUUCAGCAACUGCAUGUUUAUUUCAAUAACCUUUCUGGUGAGGUGCCUUUAGAAUUGGCAGAACUCAAACAACUGAGAAAACUUUGCUUGUACCACAAUCAGUUCUCUGGAGUCAUUCCUCAAAACUUAGGAAUCAAUAGCAGUUUAGUGGAGAUGGAUCUCUCAUAUAAUCUUUUCACUGGAAACAUCCCAGCUAAUCUCUGCUUUGGACAACAAUUACUUAGGCUAGUCCUGGCUUCAAAUCAAUUGCAAGGUGGUAUUCCUCCUGACAUGGGAAGAUGCACAACACUUACUAGGUUAAGGCUUGAUGGAAACAACUUAAGUGGACCCUUACCUGAUUUUGCAAGCAAUUGUAGUCUCACCUACAUGGACUUCAGUGGGAACAAUAUCAAUGGAACAAUUCCAUCAAGUUUGGGAAACUGCAAAAAUCUUACUACUGUUAUUUUAUCUCACAACAAUCUUUCUGGGAUCAUACCCUUUGGGCUAGGAAACCUUGUGAACCUUCAAAGGUUGAACCUUUCUCAAAACAAAUUAGAAGGUCCUUUACCACUUGAGCUGUCAAACUGUAAGAAAAUGCAGUACUUUGAUGCUGGAUUCAAUUCUCUAAAUGGUUCAUUCCCGUCUAGUUUGAGAACUUGGACAGGGUUGGCAACAUUGAAUUUAAGGGACAAUCAUUUCACUGGGGGUAUCCCAACUUUCUUAUCAGAAUUUGAAGGCCUUUAUGAUCUACAUCUUGGGGGAAAUGUUUUUGGAGGCCAAAUUCCUAGAUCAAUUGGUGGGUUGAAAAAUCUUUUUUAUGAGUUGAAUCUAAGUGCUAAUGGGCUGACUGGUGAAAUUCCUCCUGAGAUUGGAAAACUGACAUUGCUGCAAAGCCUGGAUAUUUCUCUCAACAAUCUGACUGGAAAAAUUGAAGUUCUUGAAGAUCUCACUUCAUUGAUUGAACUCAAUAUUUCAUACAAUUCUUUUUCUGGUCCUCUUCCAGAAACACUGGUGAACUUGCUCCAUUCUUCUUCCUCAUCAUUCUUGGGAGUUCCUGGCUUAUGUGUUAGAUGUUUUCCAUCAAAUUGUUCCAAAAGUAGCAGCUUGAAGCCAUGUGAUGAGAACAACACUACACAUCGAAAAGGGCUGAGUAAAAUUAAAGUUAUGUUGAUAGCAGUUGGAUCUGCACUACUGAUAUCAAUUCUGUUACUUGGUCUUGUUUACCUGAUAUACUACAAGCAAGAUGUGAAGAUUUUUCCCGAACAGCGAUCAUCAACAUUGCUCAAGAAGGUGAUGAAGGUCACAGAGAACCUAAAUGAUAGGCAUAUUAUUGGGAGAGGAGCUCAUGGAGUUAUUUACAAAGUUGAAUUCAGUCUGGACAAGGUUUUUGUCAUAAAGAAAUUUCCCUUUAAAGAUAACAAAAAACUGAUUACUAGCAUGAACGCAGAGAUUGAAACCACUGGGAAGAUAAGGCAUAGAAAUCUAGUGAGAAUAAAAAACUUCUGGUUAAGAAAGGACUUUGGUCUAAUCAUGUACAAGUACAUGGAAAAUGGAAGUCUUCAUGAUCUUCUGCAUGAGAAGUUUCCACCACCAACUUUAGAGUGGAAUGUUCGCUAUACAAUUGCAGUUGGAAUUGCACAUGGACUUGAAUACCUCCAUCAUGAUUGUGACCCUUUCAUAGUGCACAGAGACAUCAAACCAAAGAAUAUACUCUUGAAUUCUGAUAUGGUGCCUCGUAUUGCUGAUUUUGGCAUUGCAAGACUUCUAGAUCAUUCCUCUUAUUCAUUGCAAUCUUUAUCUGUUCCUGGUACAGUAGGGUACAUUGCACCAGAGAAUGCUUAUUCAACAGUGAUGAGUAGGAAGAGUGAUGUGUAUAGUUAUGGAGUGCUUUUGCUAGAGCUGAUAUGCAGAAAGAAGGUGCUAGAUGAUCCUUCAUUUGUAGAAGGAAAAGAUCUUGUGGGGUGGGUUAGAUGUAUAUGGGAAAAAACAAAAGGCAUUGAUGGAAUUGUUGACUCAGGGCUUGAAGAGGAACUUUUGGAUUCAAAUUUGAGGGAACAAGUUGAACAAGUGCUCUUGAUGGCAUUGAGAUGUACUGAUAAGAAUCCAGGUGAGAGACCAACAAUGAGAGAAGUGGUCAAGGAGCUGAUAGUUAGAUGCAAAGAUAUUGACAUGAAGAGUAAAUGUUGACCUAGGACAUUCACUGUGUAAAAAAAAGGAAAAUUACUUUUCAUGCAUGAGUAUAUAAAUAAUGAUUUGUAAUGUAUAGAUAAAAUUGUAUAAAUGAAUUUCCUUAGAGAAUUAAAAUUCUGUACAACAAAAUUUAGUUUUUAACAAAAAACUUAUAGAAAUAAUUUGGUUUUGUCAGAACCAUUAAAAACGCACUCAAAAACCCCUCUGAACGGACGCCAGGUGUCAAGCCACGAGGAUUUGGAAAUCAGAUAAUGGAAGGCAGAUGUCGGUAGAUGAACGGACGCUCGUUUUGACGUGGGAAGCAAAAUUGAUUUUUCUGAAAAUUCCCGUCACUCUCUUCUGCAUGCACCUUCUUCCCAAACUCUGAAAUUCUCAUUUUUCUCCUCCUUCUCUCUAAAAGUCCUCACUUCUCUCUACCAAUUCUCACCUCCCUAGAGGGCUUGAACGAACUCUCGUAUUAGGAAGUUUAUCUUAAGGAGAUAGAACGAGUGCUUGGUAUAAGACCAAACACUUGCUUAGGACGAAAAUGUGAGAAUCGGAGAAGAGAAGAGGUGAGAAUUGGUAGAGAGAAGGGAGGGCUUUUAGAGAGAAGGAGGAGAAAAAUGAGAAUUUCAGAGUCUGGGAAGAAGGUGCAUGUAGAAGAAAGUGACAGGAAUUUUCAGAAAAAUCAGUUUUGCUUCCCACAUCAAAACGAGCGUCCGCUCAUCUGCCGACGCCUGCCUUCCACUAUCUGAUUUCCAAAUCCUCGUGACUUAACACCUGGCAUCUGUUCAGAGGGGUUUUUGGGUGCGUUUUUAAUGGUUCUGACAGAUGGUAUGAAAUAUGAAAGUGAUUAUGAUAUGAAUGUAUAAAGUUCUGAACUAUAGGUUAAUAAAUGAGUUGGAAUAUAAAUGAUCCUCAUAUGAAUUCCCCUAAGAAUGUGCACGUUGGUUGCUGAACGGUCUUUGACCGUUCGGUUUUCUAGUGAAUUUGGUUAGUAGUGGAUUCUUUCAUUUGGGAAGAAUCCUAUUCGAGGACGAGCGUAGUCACUUCGAAAUACUGUGCUUGAGCGUUCGGACAAGCAUAGUUCUGUCGUGAUAUCCUGUUAUAUAUCUCAGUAUAUUUAUCAAGCAUCUUUUCUAUAAGUUUAGUAGCACCUGGUCUUAUACCAAGUGUUCGUCCUAAGCAAGUGUUUGGUCUUAUACCAGACACUCGUUCUAUCUCCUUAAGAUAAACUUCCUAAUACGAGAGUUCGUUCAAGCCCUCUAGGGUUCGCUCACUAUAGUGUUCAGUCUUUGACUGACAUUUUGAUUUCUUGAUACUAAACUCAAUUAAACUAAGUAUUCACAAGUGUUCGGUUUCUUCAUGUGAGUCAUUCUGAGUAUUAGUUGUGAAUGCCUUGAAUUAUCCUUAUUCAUUGGUCUCAUUCUAGAGUCUAUGUUCUUGGUCUGGUCUUUUUGAUGUUCAAUUGGAGUUAUCAAGAGUCAGUUCAUCUAAUUGGCUCAAUGUUGUAAUUGACGUUCGUUCCAUUAGUUCUGGUGAUUUAUGAUUGUACUCAUUAUCUUUCUCAACCCGAUAUCAACCCCUUGGCCUUAAUCUAUUCUUAAAUUUGAAUCUCUCGGUCUCGCUCUACGUUUUCGGUCUAGUUCUUAGUUCGGGUUGAACGUUCGUUAUCUGGAAUUAUCAUGAAUCUUGGUACGAUGUGGUUAAAUGAGAUAUUUAGUAAUGAAAGAUGAAGAAAAUGUGAUAUGGAAAUGUUGUGAAUUAUGGACGAGCGUUCCGGGGAGGAGCGACUCAUGUAUGAAUAUUGGAAUUUGUAAAGUAUGACUGUGGGCAUGCUAAGCUGGUUGUUCAUCCUGAUGUUCCGUGAGUACUCGUCUUCACUUAGAGGAGGGUAGGUCAUGUGUGGGAACGACAAGAGGUCCUAGUCUUUAGGGGUACUUUGGACAGAUAGGGCUAACCUCGGGUGGCAGCUGUUGAGGGCAUCCCAGUUACUACAUCACCCGGGUGCACGAACGCCUGUAGCUAUACAGAUUUCAUACAGUCCAAACAGUCAGUCUAGUAAUAGGUUUUGAAUGAUAUGUAUGUUGGAAAUUAUCUUAUGUGCUGGAUUGUUUAAAUUGUAUGUUGAUGCAUGAAUUAAAUUACAUAAGCUUACCCUGUGUUUCUUGUCAUGUCUUGUAUUGUACAUUCGUCUUGUCGUUGCAAUGAUCAUCCGUGUGGAUGUGAGGAGAAGGAGACGUACUGCUGGAAGAGACACUGGAAGAAGAAAAUUUGGUCGAAGUUGAAGUUAAGGCCGAACAGCAGGACGUUCGGUUAGUAGUUUAGUUUGGUAGUGAGGUGGUUGUUCGAUGACCUCCCUCUUUAGUUAUGCAUGAACGAUCGGUAUUUUAUUUUGUAAACCGGUCGGAUCGUUUUGUAACGUUGUACAGUUUAAACGUGUAACUCUUUCUGUAAAGGUCGUUCGGCCAGAACCGUACGUUCUCCUUAGUGUAAGACUGAACUGAAUUACUAUUAAAUGUAAUUAUUCUAUUAUAUAGUU